UACAAGAAAGACUGGGAAAAUGAAUAUUUGUGGCUGAAAGGUAUUCAGGGGGAUACCGAGAGGGCUUUUUGUGACCUUUGCAAAACGUCCUUCUCAAUCGGACAUGGAGGGGAAUACGAUAUUAAACGACACAGACUCACGGACACUCACAAGAAACGUGUCCAACAGAAAGAGACAUCCAAAUCUAUGGAUGCUUUCCUCCGACCUAAAAACGACUGUCUAGCUGACAAAGUGACUGCUGCAGAGGUGACCAGUGUGUAUCACACUGUCCAACACGCUACAUCAUAUCGAGCAGGAGAUUGUGGCACAAAGCUAGCCCCAACGAUGUAUCCAGACUCUGACAUUGCCAAGAGGACGGCCUGUGGUCGGACGAAGGCAGAAGCCAUUGUCACGGAUGUACUUGGCCCUGCCUCUGUCGAAGAUUUCUUGAAAGUCCUCAGAAGACCACUGAAUGAGCAACGAGAGGCAACCAAAGGUAAAGUUAUGUUCAUGGAUGUUACAUUGUUGUGUGUUAGCUAUUUGUGUAGCGUUAGCUAGCUAAUGUUAGCUAAUCAUCUUCUGCUGUAUGUUAAAAGUCAACUUUUCCUUCAGUUCACUGAAAUUGCAUUCUUAGCUAACAUAAUGCUGCUCAUCCGUGCCUUCGUGAAACCAGGCUCUGUGUAUCCUUACAUGAUUGUGAGCAACAUUUCACUAUUCGUUAUCUCCCAAACUAAACAAACAAAACAACUAUAAUUUUUGAAAGGUAUAAAUAUUUCUAUAGAUAAUAUAUCUUGAAUUUUUUAUAAUAAUCUGUUUUUAGAGAAUCUCUUUUAAAUUCACCCCAUCUGUGUGUGUGUCUCCACAGCCCACACGCCAUUCUUCUCAGUGGCUUCAGACGCCUCCAAUCAUGGGACCACCAAGCUCUUCCCACUGUCAGUGCGUUACUGGACGCCAGACUUGGGAGUACAGACGAAGGUCCUAGAUUUCUAUGAUGACAGUGAUGAAACAUCUGCCGCAAUCCACAACCAGAUAGUCACCAAGCUGGAGGAAAACGGACUGCGACUAGACAUGAUAUCUGCGUAUUCUGCUGACAAUGCUAGUGUGAAUUACGGGAGAUACAACUCUGUCUUCCAGAAACUGAAAGAGAACAACAAUUGCCUUUUGAAGGCAAACUGUGUGGCCCACAUUGUUCACAACAGUGCAAAACACGCAGGAGAUCGGCUAAAUAUCGACAUUGAAAAUGUCGUCAACAAGACCUUUAGCCACUUCUCCUCAUCUGCCAAACGCACUGAGGAACUUAAGUCAAUUCACACCUUUGUGGAGAUAGAGUACCAGCCCCUGCUUAGAAAUGUGCCCACAAGAUGGCUGAGCUUGUGGCCUGCAGUGAAGAGGCUUCACGACAGCUGGGCUCCUAUCAAGACCUACUUUCUCUCAUUGGGAGAGGACGGGUGCCCAAAGUCACUAUGGCGGCUGUUCAAGGAUGACCAGGAUGGUGAGGGCAACCCCCUUGAUCUACAGGUUUACCUGUCCUUCCUCAGCAAUGCGCUGAAGAUUUUCCACGACACUGUGCUGGCGCUGGAGCAAGAGGAUGGGACUGUCUGUGAGCUCUACAAUACGAUGUUCACCCUAAAAACCAAUCUACAGCUACGACAGAGUGAUGGUUUCUUUGGGGCCCAGACGGAUGUACUCCUCCAGCAGUUUCGAGACAGACAGGCCGCUGUGCUCAGAGAGGACAUGUGCAACUUCUACCAGUCCUCUCUCACCUACCUGGAGCAGCGCUAUGACUUCUCAGACUCCAACUACCAGAAGAAAUUGGCUAGCCUGGCACUAAAGAACAGCCCAUUCAACUUCUCCCAUCUCUGUGAAGCUGUAGAGGUCCUGCAGCUAAGCAAGAAGUUGGACAUGGAUGCGCUAUAUGAUGAGUAUUGUGUCGUUCUGCCACACCAACAGGCCAUCGUGCAGUCUGGAGCUCCAGUCGGGGAGAAGUGGGCCACCUUACUCAAGCACACACACACACCAAACAUGACAGCAUUAGCUUCUUUCCUCUUGAGUGUACCAAUCACCAAUGCUUCAGUGGAGAGGGUCUUUUCACUGAUGACAGGAUGCUGGACGGACACAAGGAACAGAUGUUAGGUAAACCUCAUCAAGUCAGA